ACUGAUUCAACUCUGACCAACUGGACAAUUUUCAGAAAGGACCCAAAUACUAAUCGAGAUGACUUCUACCCCUUUCUAUCAUUUAAAUACAUCAGACGCUCCUGGAAGGAAAGUCUCUUUGAAUGAGGACGAGUAUGCUGAGCUAAGAAAGGGUCUACACAUCAUGUCUCUCAUCGUUUACUGCCUGGCCUUUGUUCUUGGUGUGCUCGGCAACGGUGUGGUUAUCUGGGUGACCGGCUUCAAGAUGAAGAAAACUGUGAACACUGUGUGGUUCCUCAACCUCGCUGUGGCCGACUUCCUCUUCACAGCAUUUCUGCCCCUGAGUGUCACCUACACAGCUUUGGAUUUCCACUGGCCUUUUGGAAAAUUCAUGUGCAAACUGAACACCACUAUAAGCUUUCUGAACCUGUAUGCCAGUGUCUACAUUCUGGUGGUGAUCAGUGUGGACAGAUGUGUGUCUGUGGUGUGGCCCGUCUGGACCCAGAACCACCGAAGUGUACGCAAGGCAUCCUUUGUGAGUCUGGGGGUUUGGGUACUGGCUCUGAUACUCAGCACUCCAUACUUCAUCUUCAGGGACACUGGGCCAUCUUAUAAUAAUGCCAAUGUCAUUCUCUGCUUCAACAAUUUUACUCUUUCUGACGACAACAAGAACGAGUCUGUGUAUCAGCUGGGACUGUUUGGGGAAAAGGCCAUGGGCAUCACCCGCUUCCUCCUGGGAUUUGUUGUCCCCUUCACUGUCAUUGUCUCCUGUUAUGCUGUCAUAAUCCAUCACAUCAGAAGAAACCGCACCCUGGCCAGCCACUCAAGUCGCUCCUUUAAGAUCAUCGCUGCUGUUAUCACUGCUUUCUUCUUGUGUUGGGCUCCCUUUCACAUUGUGGCUUUAAUAGAGUUGGCAAAUUCUCUACUUUCUAUUCGAAGUGAUAAAUUAGACCAUGUCAUCACUAUUGGAAUCCCUAUAGCAACCAGCCUGGCCUUUCUCAACAGUUGCCUGAACCCACUGCUCUAUGUGUUCAUGGGACAAGAUUUCAAGGAUAAAGUCCGCAAAUCCAUCCUGAAUGUUUUGGAAACUGCCUUCAAGGAAGAGGUUUCUGGCCCUAACACUGGAACAAAGUCAGUGGACACCAUUCAGAGUACAGAGAUGUUGUCCCGUAAUAAUCAAGUAUAAGGUUUCCCAUGACAUGGAGGAAAUAAUUCUGAAACUGUAAAUUUAAAAAAUGGAUUUAUCAACGUACUUUUUUGCUAAUUUUAUGGAAUCGUCAAGACAAGAGGUAAAGAUUAUCCAAGACUUCCACCUCAUUUAGAUUGAUUUAUGUGAGUUGACCAUGGAUGGUUUCCAAUCGGUUGAAUGUUAUGAUGCAUUUGUUAAUUUUAUUAAAGAAAUACCUUUUUUAUUUUGGGAAAAUACUACACUGUCUACAAUGCCAUUGUAAACCAGGCUAUUUAACCUUCUUUUCCAUCAAACCAU